AUGCGGAUCCAUGCGGAUGCAAAUCACACUUCUCCACACCUUCAAAAUACAAACUAUUCGUUGAAUAAACUGAAAAUGUGAGUGUAUACGUGAGCUCGAGAUAGUGAAAUUCGUGUUUUAAGGACUGCUAUGUCUAUGAGAGGAACUCCUCGAGGUUCCGACGAGAACCUUCAGUACAGCGCUGCUAGUGAUAGUUUCUGGGACGUGGGAAAUUUCAAGCGAACAGUCAAGCGCAUAGACGAUGGUGCAAAAUUAUGCGACGAAUUCAUGAAACUUGUGACGGAAAGAGCCGAAAUUGAAGCAAAAUACGCGUUCAAAUUGAAGGCUUGGUCCAAGAAAUGGGAAGAGUGUAUAAGAAACGGUCCAGAAUAUGGUACGAUGGAAGCUGCCAUGCGAGGCACUGUGACCGAAGCGGAGUCAAGAGCAGAGAUUCACAUACUGUGUCGUGAUAAACUCAUGGAUGAAGUGCACGAGGCCAUAAAAAAGUGGAAGAAUGAAAAUUACCACAAGGGAAUCUUUCAGUGGAAGGAAACGAAAGAGGCUGAAGAAGGAUUUGCAAAGGCUCAAAAGUCUUGGGCAAAGCGACUGGCCAAGGUCGAACGGUCGAAAAAGGCAUUUCAUAAUGCCUCGCGAAACACAGAACAGGCUCAGAGGUUGGAGAGCGAAGCGAGUAAUAACGACACAGAUCCGAAAAUAGCUGAAAAACUGAAAAAGCUGCAAGACGCUACGGAAAAAGCGAAACGAGAAAUGGAAAAAUGCAGGGAAAAGUACGAAUUACGUCUAGACGAAAUAACUGGUUACAAUCCUCAAUAUGAACGGGAUAUGAUCCAAGAGUUCGAGAAGUGCCAGGAAAACGAAGACAAACGACUUGUGUUUUUUAGAGAAACGCUUGUUCAAUAUCACAGAUGCCUGGAUAUAUCGCAAAGCCCUGAAUUUUCAGGUAUUUUUGUCAGCAUGGGCCUAACAUUCCAGAAAGCAGACGCACAAUCUGAUCUGGACUGGUGGUCACGUCACCAUGGCACAGGCAUGCCUCAGAAUUGGCCUAUGUUUGAGGAGUACAAUGAGAUUCCACCUGUCAAACGGACAUUGUCCUCACGCAGCCAUGAGCAAGCAUCAGCACCACCCAGUUAUCCAGCUAAUCAGAAUCAUGUUGACGACAACACUGACUACUCUCAUCAAAAUGAGAUUAAUCCAUUCAACAAUUACACUACAACAACAAGUGAAGACUUUAGUGAUCCAUCAGCAAAAGAUGAGUGGGAUAUUGAGCCUCCUCCAAUUGAGGAUGCUGGCAUUCCCGUCAGGGCUUUGUACGACUUUCAGGGAGUGGAAGAGGAUGAACUCAACUUCAAAGAAGGGGACGUUCUCACGCAGCUAUCUUCGCAGGAUGACCAAGGGUGGUGUCAGGGAAGAUUUCAGGGUAGAGUUGGACAUUUUCCAGGGUCGUAUGUGGAACCACUAUAGAAAGCAGUUCUUUUGCUGGCACUGUGGUCUUGUUCUCCAAGGCUGAAGUUUAACUUAGCUUGUAAGCUUAGUCUUGGCUGAUGACCAAGUGAUUCCACCCUUCAAUGAUGUAAUCCUGGUAGCGUAGGUCAAAGCCAUUAAUUUAGUUAAGGUGUAUACAGUUUAAGUAUCAAGUCUCUGACGGAAUCAGAAAAACUUGAUUGAUUGGACAAAUCGUAGUGAAUAGUCGAUAAAUCUAUAUGACCAAUGUACACUGUAGUGGUCAUAUGAAAAGGAACAUAUUUGAAAUUAAUUUGGGUGCAAGAACGAAUUUGCUAGCUUGUAAAUAUUAUUAGGUUCUAUGUUAGAAAUCUAGAUUACAAAUAAGAGAUUCAAAACAAUCCUCCAUUUUGGGGAACUAAGUUAAGGAACAGUCUUGUUUCCAGGAGCAUAAGGGAAAAUUCUGCCAAUAUUUCAAAAUUCACUCCAUGUGUAGGGUUAUGCAUCAGCAGAGCCCUGAGACAAUGUUGGUUUCUGGUGAAACUGUUGUGCUUCAGUAGAGGGCAAGUGAAAUACUUUGGUCAUGUAUAUUAUUUACAACUUGAAAUUGAUAAAGGUAAAUUAAUAAUUAUUAUGGUAAUGAAUUAUAAAGCUGAAGUUUUGGGUGUCUAUGAAGCAAAAGUUUUUGCAAAUUUUUUCAAAUUCACUAUGGUAGUUAACAUACCUUUAAAGGAAAAGGUCACUCCAAAAACCGUAUAGGUUUUGUCAACGCUGAUAAAAACCUCACACUAAGUUUAGCCACUCACCAAAGUUUCAGCCUCUAAAGUGCAGGUUUUCCUUAUGAAAUACGUCUCCAAAGGAGCCCAAAUUUCGACAUUGUUGCCGCCAUUUUGAACAGUACUCUGCAGCCAGGCUGCGUUUUCGUGACGUCAUUCUGUCCAACAGAUUUUGUCCA